AACUGUCUUGGCUGUCGCCGUAUAGUAGUUAAAUGCGGUGGUUUUCAGAUCAUCUACCUCACCGCUCCAUGGCCACAUCUCUAUCCUUCUCUAUCUCUCCAUCAAAUUUCAUUAAAUAGUCCACUGUCCUUCUAACUGCUUUAUUCUAACCCUAUAUCUCCCAUUUGAUUUUCCUCACUCUCCCUGUCCUGUGCUUUCCUUGUAAUCUUCACGUUCUACACUAUUAAUAUUAGCAGAAGCUUAGCUUUUCCCUUCUUCAUAGCAUUUUUUAAGUCUUCAUCAAGACCCGCUUCUCAGAUCCAAAACAAAAACUAAAAGAUGAGUCUCUGUUUCGUUGACGAUCUCAAGUCUCAGCCUUCAUGGCUUCUUGUGCUCUUCACUCUGGGUUCUCUUUCAUUUCUGAAGUUCCUUUUCGCUUCUCUCAAAUGGGUCUACGUUAGUUUCCUCAGACCUGCCAAGAAUCUCAAGAAAUACGGAUCAUGGGCUCUCGUUACUGGACCCACUGACGGUAUUGGCAAAGGAUUCGCUUUCCAAUUGGCUCGAAAGGGUCUCAAUUUAAUCUUGGUGGGCAGAAAUCCCGAUAAACUCAAAGAUGUGUCGACUUCAAUUCAAUCCAAAUACAGUAAUGUCCAAAUCAAGAACGUUGUUGUUGAUUUCAGUGGCGAUAUUGACGAGGGUGUUCAAAAGAUUAAGGAGACUGUUGAAGGUCUGGAUGUUGGUAUCUUGAUUAAUAAUGUCGGGGUUUCUUAUCCUUAUGCCAGGUUCUUUCAUGAGGUUGACGAGGAGCUGUUGAAGCAUUUGAUUAGAGUGAAUGUUGAAGGUACUACUAAAGUUACACAAGCUGUUCUGCCUGGGAUGUUGAAGAGGAAGAAGGGUGCUAUUGUUAAUAUUGGUUCUGGAGCUGCCAUUGUAAUCCCUUCUGAUCCUCUUUAUGCUGUUUAUGCUGCUACUAAAGCGUACAUCGAUCAAUUCUCAAGGUGCCUUUAUGUUGAAUACAAGAAAAGUGGGAUUGAUGUGCAGUGUCAGGUUCCCCUUUACGUUGCAACAAAGAUGGCAUCAAUAAAGAGAUCUUCCUUUUGGGUUCCUUCAUCAGACAGUUAUGCCCGGGCAGGUCUGCGUGCUAUAGGCUAUGAACCUCGCUGCACACCUUACUGGCCCCAUUCCCUUCUUUGGGGUUUGAUACAAUUGUUGCCAGAAUCAGCUGUUGAUUCCUGGCGACUAGGUUUUUGCCUUAGGAUUCGAAAGAGAGGACAGCUUAAAGAUUCUAGAAAGAAUGAAUGAACGGUUUAGCCAGGGAGUUUGGUCUGUGGAUUAAACUUUUAGGAUGCUGAUUGUGUUCUUGUAAUUGACCUUCUCCAAAACGUUCCUGUCAUUUUCGUUUUCAUGUUGCCUUUUGGUUAUUAUGAAUGGAGGACCAUUGGUAUGCCUUGAUAAUUUUACUAGUUAAUAAAAGCAUGAAUGAUUAAAGCAUAUAAAA